AUGUCUCGCGGCGGAGGAACCACGCUUUACGUCACGGGCUUCGGCCACGGCACCCGCGCUCGCGACCUUGCCUACGAGUUCGAACGGUACGGUCGUCUCGUCCGCUGCGACAUCCCCGCCCCGCGCUCGGCCUCGAGCAGACUGUUCGCCUUUGUCGAGUACGAGAGCCGUCGCGAUGCCGAUGACGCGUAUCACGAGAUGCACAACAAGCGCAUUGGCCGUGACGACAUGCUGAAGAUCGAGUGGGCACGCACGCCUCCGUCCGCGUCGUGGCGAUUCGACUCUGGCCGCGACCGCCCCCGUGGCGAGCGUGGUGACCGCGGUGACCGAGGCGACCGUGGCGACCGUUCCGACCGCGGUGUCCGUAGCGACCGUUCCCCCCGUCGCCGCAGCACUUCUCCGCGCCGUGAGCGAGGUGGUGCCUUCUCCCCCCGCAAGGACGAUCGCCGUGAGCGCGACUACGACCGCCGCGACCGUGACAGGUCCAGGAGCCCCGAUGGCGACCGUGAGAUGAAGGACGUGCGAGACCGCGACGAAGACCGUGGCGACCGUGAGCGCGACGACAGGCGUGAGCGCGACGCGGGCGCUGCUGUCGAGGAGCGUAAGAACGACUCCCCUCCCCCUCCCGCUGUGCACGAGGAUCUGGACGUUGCUGAGUAG